AUGGUAGUUGUUUUUUGGAAUCUUAGAGGCCUUAAGAGACAAAAGGCCAAGGAUAAACUUUAUUCUUUAGUCAAAACAAAUAAUCCAUCUCUGGUAUGGGUUGUAGAACCUAAAAUUAAAGUUCAAAAAUCUGGAAUGAAAUUGCCUGGUAUGCAUCAUAAAAUUAUUCAUAAUUCUAAAGAUAAUAAUAAAGGAAAUAUUUGGUUGUUCUGGAACUGUUCUAUUCAAGCUCCUAUUGUGAUUCAAUCUUCUAGUCAAUGUAUUACUGUGGAAGUUGGUGGUGUAUUGGUGACUGGAAUUCAUGCAAAUUCUUAUACAGUGAAUAGAAGAGAUUUAUGGAAGGAUUUAUAUGAAACAAGUUUACUGGAAAAACCUUGGCUUUUAAUAGGUGACUUUAACAUUGUAUUAAAUGCAGAUGAGAAAAAGGGUGGUAGGAGUCCUCUAAAUUCUGCAAUGAGUGAUUUUAAUGAUUCUGUUGAUGCUUGUGGUUUAAUUCAGGCUCCUAAAAGUGGUCUAGAGUUCUCCUGGUGUAAUGGCAGAGCUGGGAACAAAAGAAUUCUUUGUAACUUGGAUAGAGCUCUUUUUAAUUUGAAAUGGCUUGAUUCUUUUAGUGGUUGGCAUUAUCACGUAGCUGCCAGAGGGAUUUCUGAUCAUGGUCCCCUUAUUGGUUCUGACACUCUAAUUGGAAGGGCUUUAAAUACUCCAUUCAGGUUUCAACAAAUGUGGCUUACUCAUCUUUCUUCCUUAAAAGUGGUUAUUGAUUCUUGGAAUGAAGAUAUCACUGGUAAUCCUAUCUUUAUUUUUAUGAACAAAUUAAAAAGACUGAAGAAAGUACUCAAGACUUGGAAGUGGGAAAUAUUUGGAAAUGUUCAAGAAAAUCUUAAAAAAGUUGAAGACAAGGUUAUGGAAGAAACUAUAAAAUCAGAUGUUGAUCCUGCAAAUAUUUCUUUAUUGAAUAAUCUGGUUACUGCUAGAGGAAAUUAUGAGAUAGAUGCUAAUAACUAUAACACUUUUUUAAGAGAUAAAUCCAGAACGAAUUGGAUUAAGGAUGGUGAUGUAAAUACCAAAUUUUUUCAUACUAGCAUUAAAAUGAGACAAGCUCAGAAUACUAUUUCUGAAUUGGAGAAUGACUCAGGAGACAUUACUACUACCCAACAGGUUGAUAAUCUAUACUUGGAAGAAUGUCCAAAUGAAGAGGAAAUUAAGAGAGUUGUUUUCAAUCUGAAUGCUGAUAGUGCACCAGGUCCUGAUGGGUUCACUAGAAUUUUUUAUAGAGCAGCUUGGGAAAUCAUUAAGGGAAACUUCUUGGAGGCUAUUCAAUUCUGCUGGAGAAACAACAUAAUACCAAGUGGUAUGAAUUCCAAAUUUCUUGUCUUGAUUCCUAAAAUUAAAGGAGCUAAAACUGCUCAAUGCUUUAGACCAAUUGGUCUUAGUAACUUCUGCUUUAAAAUUAUCACUAAGAUCAUUACUGAGAGAAUUACUAGCUAUCUACCAAAUCUUGUUUCUCAGCAGCAAUAUGCUUUUGUCAAAAAUAGAAAUAUCCAUGAGCAAAUUUUGUUAGCUUCUGGACUAGUCAAUGAGAUGUCAACUAUUAGAAGAGGGGGAAAUAGCCUUAAAAAAAUUGGAUUUUCAGCUAAACUUUGUAAUUGGAUCAUGGUUCUUCUUCAAUCUGCUAAACUGUCUAUUAUGCUUAAUGGAGGACCAAUUGGUUUUUUUGGUGUAGGUAGAGGCCUUAAACAGGGAGACCCACUUUCUCCAAUCCUGUUUAUUUUAGCUCAAGAUGUUCUUAGUAGGAAGAUUCAUCAAUUAGUUAUGGAAAGAAAAAUUCAGCCAAUGGCGAUAAGAAAUGGUAUUCAUCCUACUCAUUUAAUGUUUGCUGAUGACAUCUUCUUUUUUUGCAAUGGAGGAAAGAAAAGUAUAGAACAUCUGAAAACACUCUUAAUGGAAUACCAAGCUGCUUCUGGUCAAAUCUUUAAUGCCUCUAAAAGCAAAUGCUUUGUAGAUGGUACUUCUGAAACAAGAAAGAGACAGAUUGCUACAUAUUUUCAAACGGGUCUCUCAGCUUUUCCUGAAAAAUAUCUGGGUGUUUUCCUUACUCAAGGUAAAAUGAAAUCUAUUCAUAUUCGGUAUUUAGUUGAUUAUAUGCAUCUUAGACUAGCUUUAUGGAGUGGUAAGAUUUUAAAUUUUCAAGCUAGGCUCACUUUGGUAAAUCAUGUUAUGAGUAGUAUUGAAAAAGCGGGGGUCUAA